AUAUCGUGUUAUACAUGUUUUUGUACUCAAUAUUGAAAGCUAUCCUAUGUGUAAUUGACUGAUCUUGAAUAUGUCUAAACGGAAAGUGUUAACGUUGGAUGAUAGAGCUCGUGUGUUGGAAUUAAGUAAGAACAAAAGUGCUCGUAAAAUAGCUGAAGAAAUGGGCGUAGGAAAAACCCAGAUCCAAAAUAUUCUGAAACGGAAAGCGGAAGUGUUAGAGGAUAUUGAAAACAAUGUUUCAGGUGACCGUAAACGUGCGAGGAGAGUAACUGUUCACGAGGAUGUUAACAAUUUGGUAUAUGAGUGGUUUAAGGACGUGACUGCUAGGAGAUUGCCCGUGUCUGGGCCUAUCUUGUGCACUCAAGCUCUUAAGUUCGCGAGUGAUCUUGGGGACAUUAACUUUAAGGCAUCGACGGGAUGGCUUGCUUCAUUCUUGAAACGUAAUAACAUUGUGUUAGGGACAAUGUCUGGGGAGAGGGGAGAUGUCAAUAAAGACACGGUAACUGACUGGAAAUCAAAACUCCCAACAGUGUGUGAUGGAUAUGAUCCGAAGGACAUAUUCAAUAUGGAUGAGACUGGUUUGUUCUUCCGAGACACAACAAGGAAAUCGUAUCAUUUCAAAGAUUCAGAACUGGUUGGUGGAAAACGCUCUAAGGAACGCAUUACUGUUUCGCUGUGUGCUUCUAUGACCGGGGAGAAGCUCAAACCACUAGUGAUUGGUAAAGCUGCACGUCCGAGAUGCUUCAGCAAAAUAGAUCCGGAAAAACUACCUGUGACCUACAGAAACAACAAAAAAGCGUGGAUGACCGGUGAACUCAUGACAGAAUGGCUAAGGACGGUUGACAAACAAAUGAAGAAACAACGCAGGAACAUCUUGUUAUUCUUGGACAACGCGCCUGCACAUCCGGACUUUGAACUUAACAAUGUUAAACUUGUCUUCUUGCCACCUAAUACAACUGCUCUUUCGCAGCCAAUGGACCAGGGUAUCAUUCAGGCUCUUAAGUUGAAGUUCAGGAAUCGUCAGCUCUCGUACAUUGUGUCACAAAUGGAACGUACGGAUAAAGUUGGUUCACAAGUGUUAAAGGAAAUUUCCAUUCUAGAUGCUAUUUACUGGAUUAACGGUUCGUGGAAGGAGGUGACUCCAACCACAAUUCAGAAGUGUUUCGCAAAGUGUGGAUUUGAUCAGAUAAGUGAAAGUGAUCUUGUUGUUAAUGAAUGUGAUAGUGAUGAUGAUAGUGAUGAUGAUGAUGUUGAAGUGCCCUUAGCUGUCUUAAGAAUGUCUCAUGAGUUGUUCGGGUGUGAAUACCACGAAUUGGUAGAUUUAGAUAAAUCUGUUCCGACGUGCGACGAGAAUAAUUCCAUUGUUGACUGGGAUAAGAAUGCAGGUGAUAUCUUAAUUGAACUGCAGUCAAGCAAAGAUGUUUGUGAUAAUGAUGAGUGUGAUGAUGGUGUUGACUCAGACAGACCUGAAACUGUGAUCACAAUGUCUGAGGCUAGUGAUAUGCUUGAUAAACUGAAAAUGUUUGCUCUCAGUAAAGGACAGGAUAAGUGGCUUGAUAACAUUAUGGAUUUGCAAGACAUGUUUGUAAGUUGCCGUGCAGAGACUCAAUGUAAGCAGACUAGAAUUCAUGAGUUUUUUGAAAGAAAAUAAAAACUUGGAACUGACAUAACUUACAGGCAAUUGCAAGUUUGAAAUUCAACUUCAUAUGACAUGAAAACUGUUGUGUAAUGUAAUGAAAUCAUUUUAGAUAGAAAAUGGUGAAAUUCAGUUGAUUUUAUCACACACUUUAUUACACUUCAAAGUUUUAUUGAUGUAUGUAAUUAUGUAAUGUAAUGAAAUCAUUUUAGAUAGAAAAUGGUGAAAUUCAGUUGAUUUUAUCACACACUUUAUUACACUUCAAAGUUUUAUUGAUGUAUGUAAUUAUGUCAUGCAUAUGUUAAUAUUUCUUUUGAAACACUUGCAUAAAAUGAAGAAAAUUUUAAACUAUUAAACUGAUAUUAAUAACAUGUUUUUUAUCUGCAUCCUUACCCAAUGUGUCUCUUACAUACACCACGUGAAAACCGAGUGACAACUUAAGUCCAAUAUAUUAUGCCCAAUUUCCGUACUUUGUCUUAAGAGACCGUUGUCUUAAGAGACCACUUUUUGCCUGUCCCUUGGGUGGUCUCUUAACACAAGAUUGACUGUAGCAGCUGAUUCAAUAUUUCAGAAUGGUAUCUUUCAAAAUGACAUGAGCUUCUCAAUUCAAACCGAUAACAAAAGGUGUGAUAGUCUUUUUGUCACGAUCAAAUAGCCAGUAAUUACCGGCAAUUAACGUGUCACCUCGUGUCAAUUAUGUUGUUCACAGUUUGAUCUCGGUUGACGAUAAUUCUCGAUCUUUAAUUAGUAUCAUAGUUUUUGUGAUUUAUUAACAUUUCUUUGAUCAAAAUACUUUUAAAUUUAUAUGAAAUUAAUUUUGUUUGAAAGAAAAAUAAACCAUUCGAUCUUUUACGGAACGUAACGGCAAUCUUAGAUUUUAGCAGUGACAGUAAGCGCGGGGAGUAGUUUCCCUUUACCAAAAUGGCAAACAUCGGUAACAAACUUGUUUCGAAGUUGGAAAAUUGUCUAUACCUGUGUAUUAUGCGCACCCACGAUUCGGGGGUGGUCCCAGGGGUAAAAAAAACUGCGCAUUAUACAUGGGUAUCUACGGUAAACUUUCUCUGCAAUGCACUGCAAAUAUCUGCAAAAAUGAUUGUUCAAAUCAACAUGCAAAAACACUUCAUCUACUAGGGUCAAAUAAUGUUGGCCUUUUAAAAAAACUGACAGUUUUGUUGGAGCAAAGCAAACAAAAACUUUCACAAUGAUUAUCAAAAGAUGGUCCAACCACAUAUUCCUCUAUACAGGAUCUAAACAUACUUUCAGAUAUUGACUAAAACCGCAACUAUUUGACAUUUAAGUCCAAAAGACUACAGAAAACUUCUUAAAACAAGAAAACACACUGUGUUAUUGUCAGAAAGCGACAAACUUUAAUGGCAAAAAUAUUUCGAAGCAAACUAACAAGAGGGCCAUAAUGGCCCUAUAUCACUCACCUGAGUACCAUUGCUCUUAAUGAUAAGAACAAGUUUUGAUAUAGAUCACAUAGGCAUACACAUUAUCAUAAAGAUAAAUAUUUUCUUGUAACAGUCCCUUUUGACCUAUGGGUCACAUACUAGUCAGGGCCAAUCUCCAUACCAAGUUUGAGGGUCCUAGGCUCAAAUGCUGCAUUUUUGUACUAGCAUGACUAUUCCUUACCCUGGAAGACUUAAAUAACAUUUAAAACAAAUCUCAUUAGAAGCUGCUAACGUAUAUUCAUUUACAUAAACAAUAAAGGGAGGUAAUUUGUCAUAAAUUCAGUCAAUAUGUAUCUAAACUAUAUAAAUCCGGUAUAAUAAUAAUAAUAAUAAUAAAUCCAUUUUUAUUAAAAUUUCUUACCAUGGAAGACAUAAAUGACAUUUCAAACCAAUCUCAUUAGAAACUGCUAGGUAUAUUCAUUUACAUAAAAAAUCAAGGGAGGUAAUUUGUCAUAUAUUCAGUCAAUAUGUAUCUUCACUGAUUGUCCAAGUCCAUCUGAUUGAAUAAGUGAAAUUUCAGAUCAGUAUCUUCGUUAGUUACAGAGAUAUACCCAUUUUAAUUUGAAAUAAAGGGAGGUAAUUUAACAUAAAAUCAGUCCAUAGUUAUCUACCCUAAUUGUCUCAGUCCAACUAAUGACAAUAAUGAAAUGUCAAAUGAGUCCUACAAGUAAUUACUGAUAUAAAUCCAUUUUAAUUAAAAUCAGGGGAGGUAAUCAGAUAUAAAAUAACUCCAGAACCUGUGACUGAAUCUGACAGAUUCAUCAUGGAAUCCAAGAUUUAUUGUUGCUGAAGAUAUUUUGCAAGUUUAUAUCAAACCAAACCAUAAAUGAAGUCUCUAUAUGGCUGCAAAAGCCAAAAUAGCAAAUUUUGGACCUUUAAGGGGCCAUAACUCUGGAACCCAUGAUGGUAUAAGGCUAGUUUUCAAAGGUGCAAGUUUGAUUAAAGUUGAUUGCAAAAUGUUGUCUCUAUUGUGUUCACAAGCAAAAAACAGCAAAUUCUGGCCCUUUAAGGGACCAUAACUCUGAAACCCAUGACGGGAUCUGGCUAGUUUUCAUAAGGAACCGAGAUAUUAUGCUAAUACAAGUUGUGUGCAUGUUUGAUUAAAGCUGAUUGCAAAAUGUUGUAUCAAUUGUGUUCACAAGCCAAAAAUAGCAAAUUUUGGCCCUUUAAGGGGCCAUAACUUUGGAACCCAUGAGGGGAUCUGGCCAGUUUUUGAAAGAAACCGAGAUAUUAUGCCAAUACAAGUUGUGUGCAAGUUUGAUUAAAAUUGAUUGAAAACUGUGGUGUCUAUCAUGUUCACAAGAAAUUGUGAACGGACGGACGGAUGACGGGCGAUCACAAAAGCUCACCUUGUCACUAUGUGACAGGUGAGCUAAAAAAGCAAAAAAGGAGGUUAGAGUAUUCAUAAACAAGAUUUGAAAAAGAAGGAGUUGAAAGUAAGUAACUGUAGUUUUGAAAGUUCCUUCCUUAAGAAUGAAAAUUAUCUGUUCAUUUAAGAAAUAAUAUAUAGCAGAACUAUAUUCACACUGUAUAUAACCAACUCGUAUUGCGGAGAUACUAAAGUAUGUUAAAACAUGGUUCCGCUAUAUAUCAUUUCGAUUCUAAUAUGUAUUUUAUGUAAACAAGUAGAGGAAAUAGGGAAGCUCUAUUUCACAUCAAAAAAUGUAGUAUGUCCACGUGACUUAAAAACAUAGUGUUUUAACUGUGUUUAAAUACGGAAAGUAACAUGUUCUGCAGAAUAACUUAGAGAGUGUGUAGAUAUCUACUGAGUUAUUCUACGCGUCUAAUAAUAUAAAAAUAAAAUGUGUGUGAAUUAAGUGUAACACCGGUUUGUUAUAUAACUUUGAUUCUGAAAUGUCUUUUAUAUGAAGUAGUAGAUCAGUUGUGGUAGCACUCUAUCAGCCAAAUACUGUGUCCAUCUGACAACAAUUUUCCAUGUUUUAAAGGAAAAGUGCAUGGAUUUUUCAUAUUAGAAUAAUUAAAAAAUUGUUAAGUUAAUUUUCCUAUAGAAUUAUAUAAAAUACUAUAUUACAAUUCCUGUUUUAGUACAAAAGUUCAGAAGUAUUGCAUAAAAUCAGAGUAAGGAAGAAAUUACAUAGCUAUAUUAUGCAAAUACCAAUUUCAAGUUAUUUAAUCAAAUACCGAGUACAUCAGAAAACUGAAUCUUGAGCUUCAUCUGUGACAAAAUAACACUAAAUCACCCCUGUGUGGUUUGAGUUGUGAAACUUAUGCUGUAUAUGUGUAACCACUUCUGAUUAUAAACAAACAGAUUCCUUCAAUCACAGAAUAUAAAUUUUCUGACUGGU